CUCUUGUGUUGGCAGAGGGAGGGAGGGAGGAUCUAGGACGGCUGCCAGCUGCUGACAGAAAGACACACUGCAACACACACACACCACAGGGAGAGGAGUGGACGAAGAGACACGCAGGACCAGUAAAAGUUGCCUCAUUCGAUCCAACAGUCGACAUGACUCAGUACUCAAACUUGGAAGGUGCCCUCAACACGCUGGUCAGCCAGUUCCACUCGGCCUCGUCCGACAACAGCGGCACGCUAAAAGUGGACGAAUUCAAAGGUCUUUUGUCCUCUCAGCUGCCUAACCUGGCCAAGGGCUUCAUGUCAGAACAAGGACUGGGCGAGAUCAUGCGGAAGAUGGGCGUCGGCGACGGCGAGGGCGUCUCCUUCUCCCACUUCUGGACCCUCAUCCAGAAUCUAGCCACUUCGCAGCACGGCCUCCUCAGCGGCAACACGGGCUCCACGUGCAGCUGCGCCCUCCUGUGAAGACCCCUCCUCGGCGCACACACACACACAAAAAAAAAAAACACCCCUAGCUCUUGAGGUUCCUUCACGGAGCUUCAAGACCCCAGUCGGAAUACAAUAGAUGUCAAAGUCUAGUCCGCCCACGUGCAAGGCAUUCCAUUUUUAUACGCUCGCAUCUCUAUCUAUAUGACAGGUUCUAACAUUUCCAGCGCACUAAAUAAACAGUACAAUGUCUGACCAAACCAAUCACUUUUAGCAGGAAGUAUCAUUAUGCAUCUAUCUAUGUUGUAUUUCCAAUUUCCUGGGUACAAAAGGCCACUGGGCGCUAAUCAUUAACCCACAUUUCCCUAUCAAAUUUGUCUUUACUUUGCCUUUCAUGUAUAGUUAGGGUGUUGUCCAACGCCUUAUGUUUACUCCCCAUGAGCAACUAAAUGCAUUUUCUUGGCAGUUGGAGGACAUUAAACCAGUUUUGGAAUAAAUUUACCUGCUGGGUAAAUUGUCAUUGACUUUAUGCAGAAACAUCUCACACACACUCCCUGCAAACAUCUCAAAUGUGUCCCUUUGGUAAUGCUUUGUAUUUAUAUUUUGUAAUUCCCUGUAACCUAAACUGUGUGACACCAUAUAGGAAAAAUGAUGUAUGACGCAUAUAAAGAAAAAUAGCAAAAAUUAAACAUAUCUUCCGUCAUAACUGCACCGGUUUACAUUUUUCCUCUCCGUACAGCGGCCACCAAUAUCAAAAUGUGCUGCAGUGAUGGCGUCUCACUUGUUAUUGGUUUA